UGGGCAUGGGAUAAAGAGAACAAGGAAGAGCAAACAGAACAAUCACAUAUUUGGGGGGGGGGGGGAAACACCAGGCAGUUGGGUUGUCCCAGAAGAGUGUUUCUUAAACAAGUUCAACUUCUUAGGCUGUAACAGAUUGGAUCAACUGUGAAAAGACAAGGCAUUAGGUAAAGAAGACAUUUUUCCUGAUUGCAAUAUCAAGUGUAAGUUCUCCUCCCUACAUCAAAAUUCAGUUUUCUUGGGGGAUAGAUAUGUACCAUCAUCAGCAAGGCAAGAGCAUGCACCCUUCUUCAAGAAUACCAAUCCCAUCAGAGAGGCAUUUGUUCCUGCAAGGUGGGAAUGGCCCAGGAGACUCAGGGCUUGUCCUUUCAACAGAUGCAAAGCCAAGACUUAAAUGGACACCAGACCUGCAUGAACGUUUCGUGGAAGCAGUCAACCAGCUAGGAGGAGCAGACAAGGCUACUCCAAAAACGGUUAUGAAACUUAUGGGAAUUCCUGGGCUCACACUAUACCACCUAAAGAGCCACUUACAGAAGUACAGGCUCAGCAAAAAUCUUCAUGGACAGGCUAAUAGUGGAAGCAACAAGAUGGGUCCUCUUGCGGUUGCUAUAGAGAGAGUACCUGAACCAACUCAACCUCAUUCGAGUAACUCGAGUAUUGCACCCCAAGCAAACAAGUAUGACUCUGUGUACCACCAUCAUGAGGUUUCUUUUCACUUUUCUGUCAAAACUAAAAUGACUUCUUACUUCAGAAGCUUACACAUCGGCGAAGCACUACAGAUGCAAAUUGAAGUUCAGAGAAGGUUGCAUGACCAGCUUGAGGUACAGAGACAUUUACAGCUUCGUAUAGAGGCACAAGGAAAAUACCUACAAUCAGUGCUUGAGAAAGCACAGGAAACCCUCGGGAAGCAGAACUUAGGUGCAGUAGGACUUGAGGCGGCCAAAGUUCAACUCUCAGAACUCGUCUCGAGAGUAUCUACUCAGUGUCUCAGUUCUUCAUUUUCAGAGCUGAAAGAACUGCAGGGUCUGUGCCCCCAGCACACACAAACAAACCAGCCAAAUGAUUGUUCGAUUGACAGCUGUCUCACCUCUUGUGAAGGAUCCCAAAAGGAACAAGAGAUGCACAACAUAGGGAUGGGAUUGAGGCCCUACAUCAGUAGUAAUCUCUUGGAGGCAAAAGAACUUCCUGAAGGGAAAAUGCUACAGCAGUCUGACAUCAGGUGGAGAGAAGACAUGAAAGAAAAUAAUAAUAUGUUUCUAUCAUCUCUUGGCAAAACUGCCGAAAGGAGAGUUUUCCCUACUGACAGAAGCGCUAGUGAUUUAUCCAUGAGUGUGGGACUCCAUGCAGGAGGGAAUGCAAGUAAUAUGUUUUCUGAAGGAAGAUACAAAGGAAGGACUGAGACUGACAUAUUCCCUGACCAAACUAACAAGCAGUCAGAUUCAGUCAUCCCAGAGAAGGAAAAAUUGUCACAAGGAUAUCCAUUGCCUUACUUCGGUACAAAGCUGGACCUGAACUCCCACGAUGAGAUUGAUGCUACUUCAGGCUGCAAACAGCUUGACUUGAAUGGCUUUAGUUGGAAUUGAUGAAACCUGUUGUGGAAGGAAUGACUAGUGAUUUUUGUCAGGAGAUGAGCCAGCGUCCAUCGAGCAUGACCAUGGCAGACAGCCUAUUACCAAGAUCACUUGCUCUUACGAGCCAAGCACUCGUGGAAGAAUGAAUUCAAUCUAAAAGUGAGUAGGUUACAGUAAGAGAUGUACGUUUUGUACCUUAAGCAUCAACAGAGUCUAUGUUCAAAAGGCUAUAUCAUUAAAGCAUCAACCUGAGUAAAGUACAACAAUCCUACUUCCACUCAAAUCCAGACUUCCCACUAUUAUUGCUAAGCAGUACGUGUAAGGGAUCUUGCA